AUGCCUUUCCUCAAAUCAGAAUUCGAAUUACCCGGCGACAACCAAAUAGGCCCAGAUGCCUUCGAGAGGCUCGUGGAGAAUCUUAGCGCGGCUUUAGGUCCGAGUUCGGGGCUCGAUUCCAGUGAUGUUGACCCGAUGGAGAUGCAACUUUUGAUGGAGAAAUAUAUUUCAAAUGAACAAGAAUGGGGCGCCUAUGCACUGGGGGAUGCGAGCAGGACCUACACAAGGAAUUUAAUUGACGAGGGGAACGGCAAGAGCAACUUGUUGAUCCUAGUGUGGAGUCCUGGAAAAGGCAGUUCAAUUCAUGACCACGCCAAUGCACACUGUGUGAUGAAGAUCUUGAAAGGCAAACUUCAAGAGAACCUCUACACAUGGCCUGACCAAGCAAAAAUAGAGGAUGGUCAAACCUCCCCGCCACAACUCACCAAACAAACCACCUUCGGCGAGAACCAAGUAACCUACAUGUCCGACAAGCUUGGUUUACAUAAAAUAUCCAACCCUGACUCAGAAGAGUUCGCUAUCUCACUUCAUCUUUACACUCCACCCAACGCCGCCAUUCAUGGAUUCUCUAUUUUCGACGCGAGAACUGGCAAGGCUUUCCAUAUCAAGCAGACCAACUUUUACUCUUAUCGUGGUCAACGCCUUGAUGACGGACAAGAGUGA